AUGAUGCGUCUCCUAUCUGUCCCCCGGGCCUGGCUUGUCCCGCUGCUGGCUCUCGAGGCACAGCUCGCUUUGGCACUGCCGGCACUGCAGCAGCAGCAGCCCCUGCAGAGUGACGAUGGUGUCAGUUCCAAUGGCGCUGUGGCCUGCGAGAGCUCCAUCUGCUCCAAGAUUGGCAUCGACCUGAUGCGAAGGGGGGGCAACGCUGCCGACGCCAUGGUCGGCACCACCCUCUGCGUCGGCGUCAUCGGCAUGUAUCACUCUGGCAUUGGCGGUGGCGGUUUCAUGCUUGUCCGCAGUCCUGCCGGCGAGUACGAGGUCGUCGACUUCCGCGAAACUGCGCCCGCUGCUGCCCACAAGCACAUGUACGACGGCAACAACGAGGGCGCCCUGUUUGGUGGCUUGGCCGUCGCCAUCCCGGGCGAGUUGCGCGGCCUUGAGUACUUGCACCAGAAAUACGGUUCGCUUCCGUGGGAGGUUGUCGUCACGCCGGCCGUCCACGUCGCCCGCGACGGUUUUCCCGUGUCCGAAGACCUGGUCAAGUUCAUGACCUACAAUCCCGAUACCGUCCGGCUCCUGGUCGAGGAUCCCGUCUGGGCCCAGGACUUUGCCCCCAACGGCACGCUGCUGCAGCUGGGCGACACCAUCACCCGCGCACGCUAUGCUGAUACUCUAGAGCAGGUAGCGAAGCACGGGGCGGAUGUGUUCUACAGCGGGCCGAUUGCCGAAUCGAUGGUCGAGGCCAUCCAGGCGAGCAACGGGACGGCCACGCUGGCCGACUUUGCCGGCUAUGCGGCCAUUGUGCGGGCGGCCGUGCAGGGCCAGUACCGAGGCCGCCGGCUGUUUGCGACGGGUGCGCCGUCGUCGGGCGCCGUGACGCUGUCGGUCCUGCAGACGCUGGACGAGUAUCCGCGGCCGGACGCGACUGACGCGGCCGAUGCUGAUGCCGACACCAACGUGACGACGCACCGGUUCGACGAGGCCCUGCGCUUUGGCUACGGCGCGCGCACGCAUCUGGGCGACCCAGCCUACGUCGCCGGCGCAGCUGCCUACGAGGCUGCCAUGCUCACGGCAGCACACGCAGCCACGACGCGCCGGCAGAUCCGUGACGACCGCACGCUGCCCGUCGCGGCUUACAACCCGGCCGGUUCGUUUGCUUCGCCAAGUCACGGGACUAGUCACGUGUCCACGGCGGAUCGCAGCGGUCUCGCCGUCAGCAGCACCACCACGAUCAACACCAUCUUCGGAUCCCGCCUCAUGGACGCGGCCUCGGGCGUGAUCCUGAACAACGAGAUGUGCGACUUCUCCAUCCCGGGCGCCCGCGACGCCUUUGGCUACCCGCCCAGCCCCGGCAACUACGCCCGUCCCGGCAAGCGACCGCUCAGCUCAACUACCCCCCUCAUGGCCGAAGAGUGGGAUCCGACCUCUGGCUCCUGGCGCCUCGCCCUCGUCACCGGCGCCGCGGGCGGUAGCCGCAUCAUCUCUGCUACCGCCCAGGUCGUCUGGCACGUCCUCGAACACGGCCUCGGCAUCGCUGCCGCCCUCGCUAUGCCCCGCCUCCACGAUCAGCUCGCGCCCAACCAGGUCGUCUUCGAGGCCGCCUACGAUAACCGCACCGUCACCGCCCUCGCUGCCCGUGGCCACCAUGUCGCCUGGACUGCCGAAUAUGCCAGCGCCGCCCAGGGAAUCCAGAUCUUGCCGGGCGGCCGCUUCGACGCUGCCGGCGAGCCGCGCCAGAAGAACAGCGGUGGCGAGGUGUUUUAG